CACAGUUUUCCCUUAAAUAUUGUUGUGUAUCUCUCUUUGAAGACGCUUCAGUCAUGCCAGUGACACCGCGGCCCAACUAUCCCUAUCCAGUACCCAACUCAGAACUCAUUGCGACUCAUUCCCUUGGGAAGCACUUCGAAGGUGGUUUCUUUGCUCAGAAUGUUGCCCUCGAAUCAGACAGCCCAAAGUCACCCGCACCUCAAAAUGCCCAUAUAUCACAACCAGACGCUUUGGGAGGGAGGGUACAAUAUGCAUCUGGUCCAGGAGCAGAAUUGCUCUACGGUCCACCAGGAGAUGAGCGAGUGGGAGAAGAUAAAAGACUAGAUGCGACUUUAAUCUACUAUCUUCUUACCCCUGACUCAUACCGAUCUGCAAUGCACAUGAAUUUACACUCUACUUUCCACCUCCAUCACGCUGGGCGAGCACUUUACACUCUCAUACAACCACCUCAGAAGAAUGGUGACGAGCCAACAGUUCGUCGUGUGAUCAUGGGACCCAAUUCUUCUCUCGGAGAGGUCACUCAGCUUUUCGUACCGGGAGGUUGUUGGAAAGCUAGCGAGAUUCCCGAAGAGGACAUGUUAUUACUCGGGGGGCGCGAGGAUAACGACUUGAAAGAGAGAAUAGGGUGUUUAAUCAGCGAGGUUGUUGUGCCGGGUUGGAAUCCAGACCAGCACCAAUUCAUUGAUGAGGAUAAGUUGCGGGCCAUGUGGGGCACUAAAUCAGGAUGGGAACAGUACACCAAGUACAUCCAUCCUCCGCAAGGCGUCGAACAUCCAGAUAAAUAGGCUUCCUAUUCUCCAAGCCUGGUUCACGGACCCCUGCUACAACGUUACUGUUGUUUAAGGAAACAGAUUAUAGAAACAGAAUUUAGAAGUUAAACUACAUCCCCUGCCUAUUAUGAUAUUCCACCUGUAUAUAAUCUACUGGCUUUUGCCCUUCAUCCAAACAUCAAUUUGAGACUGAGGGACGCCGUCCAAACGAUGAAUAAGAUAGUCCACCUUUGUAAUGUCAAGUCUAUACCAUCUGUGAAAUCUCAAAGAAAACUCACUUCGACAUCCUUGGUAAGAGGAAUGACCCAAUCCUUGUACAUGCCCACCACCGAGGCGAGAUCAAUCUUCCCUCUGGCACCCAUCUCCUCGUCAGGAACCUCAAUUAAUCGACCGUCCACAUCCAUCUCACACC